CUUCUUAAAUUUUUGGUUGGGGGAGAGUUAAAAUGAAUGUAAUAGAGCAAUCUGUAAAUUACUUACAUAAAAUGUUUUUCUUUCAGAAUGCCUAAAUCAAAGGAACUUGUUUCUUCAAGCUCUUCUGGCAGCGAUUCUGACAGUGAAGUUGACAAAAAGUUAAAGAGGAAAAAGCAAGUUGCUUCAGAAAAGCCUGUAAAGAAGCAAAAGACUGGUGAGACUUCAAGAGCCCUGUCGUCUUCUAAACAGAGCAGCAGCAGCAGGGAUGACAACAUGUUCCAGAUUGGGAAAAUGAGGUACGUCAGCGUACGGGACUUUAAAGGAAAAGUCCUAAUUGAUAUUAGAGAAUAUUGGAUGGAUCAAGAAGGUGAAAUGAAACCAGGAAGAAAAGGUAUUUCCUUAAACCCUGAGCAAUGGAGCCAGCUGAAGGAACAGAUUUCUGACAUUGACGAUGCAGUGAGAAAACUGUAAAAUCUGAGCCAUAUAACCUGUACUGUCCUAGUUGUUUUAACCUGUCUUUUUACAUUGGCUUUGUUUUUUAAAUGUUGUUUUCCAGGCUAUUGUAUAUUUGGAUUGCAGAACAAUUUGUAAGAAUACUUUUUUUUUUUAAUGUGCAUUAUUAAAAACGUUCUGAGUGAAGCUAAUUGUCAACUUUAUUAAGGGGGUUGCUUUGUGCCCACCUAGUGUAAAAUAAAAUCAAGUCAUACAAUCUUAA